UCGUUUCUUUCCCCAUUCCCACUGUGUUGACGGAGCGGAGCGCCCACCUCCACCCACUUCGCCGGCGGCGGGUGCUGGAGGAGGGGAGGUGCGGUGCGGCCAUGGGUCACGGGGUCAGCUGCGCCCGCACCGGCGACGAGCACGACUUCUUCCGCGCCGCGCAGCUCGGCGACCUCGACUCCCUCGCCGCCCUCCUCGCCGCCGACCCCUCCCUCGCCCGCCGCGCCACCCUCUACGACCGCCUCUCCGUCCUCCACAUCGCCGCCGCCAAUGGCCGCAUCGAGGUGCUCUCCAUGUUCUUGGAUCGCGGGGCGCCACCGGACGCGGUGAAUCGCCAAAAGCAGACGCCGCUGAUGCUCGCGGCCAUGCACGGCAAGAUCGACUGCGUGCUCAAGCUCCUCCAGGCCGGCGCAAAUAUCUUGAUGUUCGACUCGGUGCACGCGAGGACCUGCCUCCACCACGCGGCCUACUACGGCCACGUCGACUGCCUGCAGGCCAUCCUCUCCGCCGCGCAGACCACGCCGGUGGCCGACUCAUGGGGUUUCGCCCGGUUCGUCAACGUCAGGGACGACCACGGCGCCACGCCGCUGCAUCUCGCAGCCAGGCAGGGGCGACCGGGGUGUGUGCAGGUGUUGCUGGAGAACGGCGCCAUUGUGUCGGCUCUGACCGGAUCAUAUGGCUUCCCUGGAAGCACGUCGCUGCAUUUGGCUGCUCGUAGCGGGAACUUGGAUUGCAUCAGGAAGCUGCUUGCCUGGGGAGCUGAUCGGCUCCAAAGGGAUUCGGCUGGGAGAAUUCCCUAUUCCGUUGCACUAAAGCGCAACCAUGGAGCAUGUGCAGCUUUGCUAAACCCUUCAUCAGCAGAGCCUAUGGUGUGGCCAUCUCCACUUAAGUUCAUCAGUGAGCUUGACCCAGAAGCUAAGGCUCUCCUGGAAGCAGCUCUGAUGGAAGCCAACAGGGAGAGGGAGAAGAAAAUCUUGAAUGGCACAAAGUACUCCCUUCCAUCCCCUUCACCUUAUGAUGACAGUGCUGAUGACGAUGCAUGCUCGGAGGUGAGCGACACGGAGCUCUGCUGCAUCUGCUUCGACCAGGCUUGCACCAUUGAGGUGCAAGAUUGUGGGCAUCAAAUGUGCGCACCGUGCACGCUGGCACUGUGCUGUCACAACAAACCCAACCCGACGACCCUGACACCGCCAUCACCAGCCUGCCCAUUCUGCCGUGGCAGCAUCUCACGGCUGGUGGUGGCCCAAACAAAGUCUGCUUGUGAUCCUGACAAGCCAGCAUCCCCGCAGCUCACCCGGAGGCGGUCUCGGCGAUCUCACAACCUCAGUGAGGGCAGCAGCAGCUUCAAAGGGCUAUCUUCGGCCAUGGGCUCCUUCUCCAAGCUUGGCCGUGGCUCGAGCCGCAUGGCGGACAGUGACAGCGCUACCCUGGACAAGCCUGAGCACGAUCUAUAAAGCAGAAACGCACGGACAAUCACUGAAAAACAUCCAUUGGACUCCGGAACCCAGAUGAAAUCCAAAUGGCUGUUUUGGAGCAACUUUCUGGGUGAUCCAUGGAAAGUUAAUAGAUAGGGACUAAAUAAGUAGAGCCCUCCAGUCCCCAUUGUCUGUGUGUCCACCCUAUUUUUUCGGCUUGCCAGGUUAAGCUUAGCAUAUUGCCAUAGGAGCUCUGAAAGACCAGAGAGAGCUAUUCAUCAUCUAUCACACAGUGCUUGUGUGGUGAAGGAUGCAGAGAUGUGAAACUGGUUGGGGUUCAUCGCCUCUAAAGUUAGCCUGCCAUGGCAUGUGAGCUCUGCGCCGCCUGCCCCCCUCCUCUGUGUGAUGAAUCAUGCCCAUUUUUGGCCCUUGUCUCGUGUUAUAAUGGUGUGAGUUCAUGUCCUGGUGAUGCUGCAACCAGCAGGGUGGUCCAUGGAUCGCCAUGAAUUGCUGCUGCUGCUGUCUGUGUGACAUUGUAUGUAGUAUGUACCGGCUCUUUCAACUGUGGUGGCGUGUCACUGUCUCUGUCAGUGGCACUGUCCAUCGCCGUCCGGCUGUUACAGUCGGAUUACUGCUAGUAAUGGCUUCCGUCCGUGAUGGCAUCAGCAUCAGAUGGUUUCAUUCAGGCUGAAACAAUGAAGGUGAUGGCCUGUUGUUGCCUGUAGCUGUAGCUGCACUGCCCUGGUUGUCCUUGCGAUCUACUACCUUUUCUUGCGGUGUUGCUUUGUUCUCAUACUAUUACCUGCAGUGAUGUGGAGAUCCCAGUACGUAUAGUUGUCGGAAGCUUUCCUGAAAGAUGCUCAUCCUGUUCAAGAAAUUUUUAUCACCAAAUCACAACAUUUCACCGACUCUGAUCAACAGCCUGCCGUGUGGACCGGGUUAGGAUUCAAUGGAAUUCAUGGAGAUAACAAGAAAUUCUUGGUAAAAGCUUUGUUGUUAUGCAGAGUUUUAGGACUAAGAGAUGACAAUGAGCGACAAUGCCAAGUGCAACUGUAGAAUGGUAUUUGGUUUGACCAGGACACAACACAGCGUGGAAACUUUCCAAGUCAUGGAUGCAAUUCCACGUCAGGUUUGGUGAUUUGACUUGGUUUAAGCAUGCGUGUGACGAUCACACGGGUAGAUAUUUGUGAAGCUUGGCCAUUCUUUAGUCCAUAUGAUCACACAGGCAACAAAAUAUCCAGGAGCCACACCUCAUCAUGUGACAGAAACUAACUAAUUUCUAGGUGCCAUUAAUUAAUCUCUGAUGGCUCAUCACUUUGCUCAAAUGGCAGUUUUACUUGUGCUCUCAGUGGGUCCAGAUAGAUGCUGAAUUACUACUAGGAGGCAAUGCUUGUGUCGUUUUGCUCCUGGAGAGCAGUGACAUGUCUACUGUCUACAGGGAGGCACAUACCAUUAUCAGC